AUGGUAAAUAGGUUGGCUAUCAGCUUCACUUCUGCGGAACUGGCAAGCCAUGGCUUCACCCUCUCACAAGCUCCAAUCCUAAUUCUGUCAUCUAACUGCCGCCGUCAUCGACGGCGCUGGCAACAAGGGAGGCUCCGUCGAUUGCUGAAGAAUGCGGAGGAGGAGGCUGUGGAGAUUGUGAAGGAAGGGUUCGAGGCCGCGGAGAAAGGACUAGAAACAGCAGAGAAAGGGGUUAAAAGUGUGGAAAGAGGGGUUGAAGCAGCGGAGAAGGAGGUUGAGGAGGCGGUGAGUUUUCCCGCGUUGGCGCAAGCUGGCGUGGUGGUCGGUGCGGAGGUUGUUGGUGUAUUGGCGGGUACUUCUGUUGUGAACGGAAUUUUGGAGACCAGCCAGGAAACUUGACAAGGAUUUCAGUUCAGUUCUCGUGUUCAUUAUUAUAAAUUCUUUAUGCUUCUUGUGUAAAUUUCAUGCUUUAAUUCAAUGUCUAGAUAUGGAAGAAAUUUUAAGACCUGGACCUUUGGAACCCAAAAAGAUACAAGUUUUUCCA